CAAUUGGAUACAGAACACUGUACACCUGCACAGCAACCAUGGACCCAUCGUCCAGUUCAAAACUGUCCGACAUCGGAGAGGGAAUCAUGGAGGUGACAGUGAAGGAGUGGUAUGUGAAGGAGGGGGAUAAGGUGUCCCAGUUCGACAGUAUCUGUGAGGUUCAGAGCGAUAAGGCAUCUGUCACCAUCACCAGCCGAUACGAUGGCGUCAUCCGAAAACUGUACUACGACGUGGACGCCACGGCACUGGUGGGAAAACCACUGGUGGACAUAGAGACCGAGGCCAGCGCAGAGCUGAUCCAGGAGGAGGACGUGGUGGAGACUCCAGCCAUGGCCCGAGAAGAGCACACCCACCAGGAGAUCAAAGGACACAAGACCCAGGCCACGCCCGCUGUGAGGAGGCUGGCCAUGGAGAACAACAUUAAGCUCUCUGAGGUGGUGGGCUCUGGUAAAGAUGGGCGGAUCCUGAAGGAGGACAUCCUCAACUUCCUGUCCAAACAGACCGGGGCCAUUCUACCUCCUGCUCCCUUCCAGGACAUCCGGACUCCGCCCACUGCCCCUCCCCUCUGCUGCUCCCAGCCCACCAGCGCUGCAAUGGUGUCCAGACCUGGACCUGCUGGACCUACUGGACCCAGACCUGUGUUCACCGGGAAGGACCGGAUGGAGCCGCUUAAAGGUUUCCACAGGGCCAUGGUGAAGACCAUGACGGCGGCGCUGCAGAUCCCACACUUCGGUUACUGUGAUGAGGUGGACCUGAGCCAACUGGUCCAGCUCAGAUCAGACCUGAAGUCCACGUCUGAGGGCCGAGGGGUCAAACUGAGCUACAUGCCCUUCUUCAUCAAGGCGGCUUCUCUUGGACUCCUUCACUUCCCGAUCCUCAAUGCGUCAGUGGACGAAGGCUGUCAGAACAUCACCUAUAAGGCCUCUCAUAACGUGGGCGUGGCCAUGGACACCAGUCAGGGUCUGCUGGUUCCUAAUGUGAAAAACGUUCAGCUGUUGAGCGUCUUCGACAUUGCUCAGGAGUUGAACCGCCUGCAGACUCUGGGCGCCGCCGGUCAGCUGGGCGCCGCAGACCUAAGCGGUGGAACCUUUACGCUGUCCAACAUCGGAUCGAUCGGAGGGACGUACGCCAAACCCGUCAUCCUGCCUCCAGAGGUUGCCAUCGGAGCACUGGGGAAAAUCCAGGUGUUGCCUCGGUUUGAUCCCAGCGGUCAGGUGGUCCGAGCCCACAUCAUGGCGGUCAGCUGGUCAGCGGAUCACCGCAUCAUUGAUGGCGCCACCAUGUGUCGCUUCUCCAACCUGUGGAAGGACUACCUGGAGAACCCGGCCCGCAUGGUUCUGGACCUGAAGUAGAUCCACACCUGGAGAACCCGGCCCACAUGGUUCUGGACCUGAAAUAAACACUGAGUACCCAUCAGCCCCUGGGAGGACUGUGACAAGCUCCGCCCCUCUGCCCACCCCCUGCUCUCUCUCUCUUUCUGUUGUUUCCCUGUUGCCUUAGAGCAGAUGCUGGGGGGAGGGGUCAGCUUGUCAGUCAUGAUGCCAUUGCCAUGACAACUGAACACAUGCGUAAACACACACAGUGGACAUUAGAGUGGACAUUAGAGUGGACAUUAGAGUGGACACAGAGUUGACUGUGUCUGAACUGCUCAUACAAACACUGCACAUGUACAGCCACAGUGGCCCUGAACGCAGCGUUAUGGCCCUGAACGCAGCGUUAUGGCCCUGAACGCAGCGUCAGGGCCCUGAACGCACGUCACGCCGUUUGUCUGCACAUCAAAGGGGCUUGUGUCCAUCGGAGCCUUUGCAUCCCGUGGUGUCCUCGUCACGUCCCCAUGGUGUCCCCAUCACGUCCCCAUGACGUCCCAUCACGUCCCUGUGGUGUCCCCAUCGCGUCCCUGCUACGUCCUUGUGGUGUCCCCAUUAGGUCCCCGUGGCGUCCCCAUUACGUCCCCAUUUUGUCCCUGUGGUGUCCCAGUCACAUCCCUGUGGUGUCCCCAUUUGGUCAUAAGGAUCUGUUUUAACAUUUAUCUGGCUGUUACUGAUGAUAGCGUCAGGUCACAUGACAGUUUGUUGGGUCUCAUGACAGGGCUUCAUCUGCUCUGUGUGGGUUCAGGUUCUGUUCAGGUUAACAUGGUUCAGACCUGGUUUGUGUUGAAGGUCUGAACUCUGACAGAUCUGCACUGAGCAAAGGACACAUUUUAUGGAUGGGAUCUAGACCAGGACUGUCCUACCCUGGUCCUCCAGAUCCACAGUGUCCAACCCUGGUCCUCCAGAUCCACUGUCCAACCCUGGUUAUCCAGAUCCACUGUCCUUCAUGGUCUAGAUCAGGACUCACCUUCCCUGGUCCUCCAGAUGGUCUAGAUGUUCCCUCUUCAGUCCACCUGAUGGUCCUUCUCAGUAUUGUGCAGCUGGAGGAUGGACUGACCAUGUGAAUCAGAGCCAUCUGAAACAUCCAGGACAGUAGAUCUGGAGGACCACCCAGAACCACCAGACCACCCAGAACCAUAUGGCCCAUUCAGACGCUGCUUGGACCUGUAAACUAGAACCAGUAAACUAGAUCCAGUGUGAGCCAGGCCACCGGGGGGUCCACCCCUACACAGACGUGGCAUUUUGUAGAUGCUGGUUCAGUGGGCGUCGGUCGGUGGCUCAGUGGGCGUUGGUCGCUAUUCUUCCAGAUAAGCGUCUCCUGAUGUUCUGUUGAGUAAAGCUCUGCCCCUUUGGUGUUGCAGUGGCUGCUGGGUAAAGGACACACGCUGCGCUGUAGGUUUGACCUUCAUCUGUUACUUCCUGUUUGUUUGUUUGUUUGUUUUUAGAUUCGAUGUAAAAAAGAGAAAAUAUCUGUUAAAAAACGGGCUUUUGUAUUUUUGGGGGAAAUCUGUAGAAUGUGUUUCCUUUGUUUCAGCCUGAAACUGAAACUGGUGAACCUUUAAAUGUACGACUGGUUUGGUCUGAAACUGUUGAACUGGUUUGAUCUCUGGUGAAAAACUUCCAUAAAGUUGAAGUGACAAACA